UGUGACUCAGCGUUUCCCUAUGGGGAGGACAUCUCAUAUGACGUGUAUGGAGCUUUCUCUUAGUGGUUGUAAUGGGAUCAGCUCCGUCCCUGUCCCUCUCUCCCAUGCAGGUCUCUCACCCAGCCCCUCUCCCAUGUCACAGAGACGUCUCCAUGGCAAUGUUUCGCGUCACUGAACGCUUCUUCUGGAAUGACUCGGAAGGGAUUCGGGAAGACCUCCUCCAUGGGAAUUCCUCUGGUGGUUGGGAGGAGGAUACAGAGUGUAACUACUACGCCAUGCUGUAUUCCCUGCUCAUCCUGGCCAUCGUGUUUGGCAACGUGCUGGUGUGUCUGGCUGUGGUGCGAGAGAGGUCCCUCCAGACCACCACCAACUACCUGGUGGUGAGCCUGGCUGUAGCUGACCUGCUGGUGGCCUCGCUGGUCAUGCCCUGGGCUGUCUACCUGGAGGUGGUCGGAGGGGCGUGGCUCUUCAGCAGGAUGUACUGUAACGUCUUUGUCACCCUGGAUGUUAUGAUGUGUACCGCCAGCAUUCUCAACCUGUGUGCUAUCAGCAUCGACAGGUACACAGCGGUGGUGAUGCCGGUCCUCUACAACACCACACACAGCUCCAGGAAGCGAGUCUCGGCCAUGAUCGCGACAGUGUGGAUCCUGGCCUUCGCUGUCUCCUGCCCCCUUCUGUUCGGAUUCAACACAUCAGACGACCCGACGGUGUGCUCCAUCUCCAACCCUGACUUUGUUAUCUACUCGUCGGUGGUGUCCUUCUACCUGCCCUUCAUCGUCACCCUGCUGGUGUACAUCCGCAUCUACGUCUUCCUCAGGAAGAGGAGGAAGAGGAUUGCCAUCCGCCAGGGCAGCAGCGGGAAGGGCCAGCCAGGUUCGGCCCAGCCCUCCGCGGUGAGAACACAGUCAUAUGGUCCCACAGUGACUGUGCAAAUGAACAUGGAAGAAAAGUGUCUGCAGGAGGAGUCCCCCAAGGAGAACAGAGACCUGUCCCCCAUUAGGAUCAAAGUGGAGAGUAUAGAGCCGGCAGAGCCCCCUAAAGCUCACCUUCUGUCUGGGUGUCUGCGGCGUAAGCGUCCCCGGACGGCCCCUGUGGACAACACACUGUUGCCCCCGGUGGACAUCCAGAACUACUGCAGCAUCAGCCACGCCUCCUGCGGCCGCACUGAGCACGACCGCGCCGAGGAAGAGGUGGCCAAAGCAAAAGAGCGUAUUCCUGUGCGGAGGAGCUGCGAGGUCAAGGAGCUGUCCAAUGGACGCAUUCACACUGCACUCCGUCCCGCCCCCCACUCCCAAUCCCUGACCAGCCAACAACAACAUCGAGUCAGGAGCAUGCAGAACAGGGAGAAGAAGGCUACGCAGAUGCUGGCCAUUGUGCUUGGGGUGUUCCUGAUCUGCUGGCUGCCGUUCUUUGUGACUCACAUCCUGAACACCCACUGCAGGACGUGUCGUAUUCCCCCGGAGCUCUACAGCGCCUUCACCUGGCUGGGCUACGUCAACAGUGCCCUCAACCCCGUCAUCUACACCACCUUCAACAUCGAAUUCAGACGCGCCUUCAUCAAGAUCCUCAGCUGCUGAGAACACCAUGGUCCACCAUGACUGGGUCAUAGCCAUGCUCCUGACGUGUACCGGACUGCACUUUGGGCCCGGCAUCCCUGAGUAUGGAUAAGAUACAUGAGCCAUGGCCUCAGCCUGAGUACCCAUUAUCAGGGCAAUGACUGUCCUUUAUCGAGAUCAUUGUCAGACCAGGGUUCUGAGCUGUACUGGACCUCAGGCCAGCCACACCUGAGCAUGGAUACUGCACUUGAGCCAUGGAUACAUGAGCCAUGACCGUCCAUCUUCAGGGUCAAUGACUCGUCUUCAUUGAAACCAUCUCCUGCCGAGAGGAUAGGUCCAUAAUGACCAUGUCUGACCAUUCUCUUCCACUGGACCUCCCAGCACACUGGUCCUCUCAGCACACGGGUCCUCUCAGCACACUGGUCCUCUCAGCACACUGGUCCUCUCAGCACACUGGUCCUCUCAGCACACUGGUCCUCUCAGCACACUGGUCCUCCCAUCACACUGGUCCUCUCAGCACACUGGUCCUCUCAGCACACUGGUCCUCCCAUCACACUGGUCCUCUCAGCACACUGGUCCUCUCAGCGCACUGGUCCUCUCAGCGCACUGGUCCUCCCAUCACACUGGUCCUCUCAGCACACUGGUCCUCCCAUCACACUGGUCCUCUCAGCACACUGGUCCUCUCAGCGCACUGGUCCUCUCAGCGCACUGGUCCUCUCAGCGCACUGGUCCUCCCAUCACACUGGUCCUCUCAGCACACUGGUCCUCCCAUCACACUGGUCCUCCCAGCACUGGUCCUCUCAGCACACGGGUCCUCUCAGCGCACUGGUCCUCUCAGCGCACUGGUCCUCUCAGCGCACUGGUCCUCUCAGCGCACUGGUCCUCUCAGCGCACUGGUCCUCUCAGCACACUGGUCCUCCCAGCACUGGUCCUCUCGGCACACUGUUCCUCCCAGCACACUGGACCUCUCAGCACACUGGACCUCUCAGCACACUGGACCUCUCAGCACACUGGUCCUCUCAGCACACUGGAGCACAUCUGAGCAAGGGCUCUCUGGCUGCCUCCUGAUGGUACCUCAGGCCCAGCACACCUGAGCUGAACUGCAAGUACUGCAUCUGCCAGUUGACCAGGAAGGGACCUGCUCCACCUGUGUUAUACUGUACACAGAGGGCAGGAGACAUGAAUGGAGGGGAUGGGAGCGAAAUUCAAACCAUAAAAAUGACUGCUACAAUACUGAUGAUUCAGAGAUGGAAAAAAUACUUUUAAAUUUGGACAAAUGAUGAAAAGGAAAUUAAAAUAAGUGUUCUGCGCAUCAAUAUGGCACAGGAUCUGGACACAAUGUACAGCAGUCAAAAAGAACCUGAAUGUCCUCUCAUGGUUUGCUCUUGUCUAAUGUGAUCUUUGUUUCAGGAAACCAGGGAUUAUACUCUGUCCUGGGUUUGGUGUUUCAGACAUUUGUUGGAUCAAAUAUAACGCUAGUUUAACUGGUGACAUAUGAAGAAAGACCUUCACUAAUACUCAGCUACACAGAUCAGACCACAGUCACAAUCCUCCGUUUGAUGAUGCCUGGAACAGUGUAAUGACCAAUCAUCUAUACUGGCUACCAGAGGCCACUUAUUCCGACGUCAUGUGUCAAUCAACACCACAGGGUCUUGCCUCAGUGGAUAUGAGUCGACAACUCCUAACGCAAUCACAGAUACAGCAUGCCUCCCAAAUGGCCCCCUCUUCCCUUUAUAGUGGACUACUUUUGACCAGACUUAGGGUGCCAUUUCUUACACACUACUCCAGGUGAUGACUCACAGCUAUUACUGUAGCAAGGGUCAUGACUUAACUGUCAUUUGUUCAAAUAGUCACUGAGGUUAUCGGGCCAUUAUAUUCAGAGCAGCAGUAUUUACUGUUACUAGUGACAUCGUCCACCCCUCUUCCAACAGUCACCCACCACUGCAUGCGUGUCAACGUUAUCAGGCUGUUUUAUAUUUCAGUCGCUUAAAGGCUCCGUCCGUCUGAAUCACUAGGAAGACCUUAUAUAUCUGUGGAUGUGGAGAUGUUUGGAUCGCUGUUGGAGUCGUUUAAAUCGAUGUCAACACUUAUGGAUCACAGAGGAAGCAUUUUCAAAAUGCUUUUUUGGUGCCACUGUAAAAGAAAUUGAUAAGGCUUCAGAGCAGAGGUGUCAAACUCAUUUAUCCCUGGGGGAUUCAGUCUUCAACGAGGUCCGGAGGGCUUCGUCUGGUUAUUUGGUUAUAUUUCCUUGCCCUCAAAAUCUGCAAAACAUGGUCCUCUAUCCAUCGUUUAUUUCUGAUGCUCCCUAACUGUCUAGCUUUCAUUUCAGUGAUUAAUAGCGACCUGGGCUUUGUGGUGCCAGCGAAUCGGACACGGGUGUGAAUGGCGAAGUGGGCGGGGCUGUAACGGAUAGGAAAAGUUUCUCUGUGUUGUGGUAAAUAAAAGCUAAAUGAA